UAUUACAGCUCAAGAUGUCUAAAAAAAUCCAUGGAGGCUCUGUUGUGGAGAUGCAAGGUGAUGAAAUGACACGAGUCAUCUGGGAACUGAUUAAAGAAAAGCUGAUUUUUCCUUAUGUAGAUCUGGAUUUGCACAGCUAUGACUUGGGCAUUGAGCAUCGUGAUGCCACAGAUGAUAAAGUAACUGUGGAAGCUGCUGAAGCCAUUAAGAAGUACAACGUUGGCAUAAAGUGUGCAACCAUCACUCCUGAUGAGAAGAGAGUGGAGGAGUUCAAGUUGAAGCAGAUGUGGAAAUCUCCCAAUGGGACAAUUAGAAACAUCCUAGGUGGCACUGUCUUCAGGGAGGCUAUCAUCUGCAAGAACAUUCCCCGGCUGGUGUCUGGAUGGGAGAAACCCAUUGUCAUUGGUCGUCAUGCUUAUGGGGAUCAAUACAGAGCAACUGAUUUUGUGGUGCCUGGGCCUGGAAAAGUAGAGAUGACCUAUACUCCGGGAGAUGGAGGCAAACCAGUCACAUAUCUGGUCCAUAACUUUGAAAACUGUGGUGGUGUAGCUAUGGGAAUGUACAAUCUUGACCAGUCUAUCAGGGAUUUUGCUCACAGUUCCUUCCAAAUGGCGCUGUCUAAAGGCUGGCCCCUCUACAUGAGCACCAAGAACACCAUCCUGAAGAAAUACGAUGGCCGCUUUAAAGACAUCUUCCAAGAGAUCUAUGACAGAGAAUACAAGUCCCAGUUUGAAGCCAAAAAGAUCUGGUAUGAGCAUAGGCUCAUUGAUGACAUGGUUGCUCAGGCCCUGAAAUCUGAAGGUGGCUUUGUCUGGGCCUGCAAGAACUACGAUGGGGAUGUGCAGUCUGACUCUGUCGCACAAGGCUAUGGCUCUCUGGGGAUGAUGACCAGCGUGCUGAUCUGCCCUGAUGGCAAGACUGUUGAAGCAGAAGCUGCUCAUGGCACAGUCACUCGUCACUACCGCAUGCACCAGAAGGGCCAAGAAACGUCCACUAACCCCAUUGCCUCCAUCUUCGCAUGGACAAGAGGACUAGCUCACAGAGCGAAGCUGGACAACAACACUAGCCUCAAGAACUUUGCAGUUGCCUUAGAAGAAGUCUGUAUUGAGACCAUCGAAUCUGGCUUCAUGACAAAGGACCUUGCUGCCUGUAUCAAAAGCCUACCUAACGUCACACGCUCUGACUACCUGAACACCUUUGAGUUCAUGGACAAGCUUGCUGAAAACUUGAAGGGGAAACUGGCUUCCCUGCACAGACUUUAAGGCACAGGUUCUACUCAAGCUCAUCUAACAGAGCAUCUCCCACUUACACCAGAGUGUAUGUGGCAACAUAUCAUGCUCUGUUGCAUAACAUUUCAAAUACUAGACAAAAAUGACAAUGUACACUUUUUAAAAUGUUUAAAAGGGCCAUGUUUUCUUAAACCUCUUGAGCUGCUGAGCUAGGCCUUCCUUUUGCUAAGCAGCUGAAUGUGAAUAGUAUCAAGCUCACCAUGGGUCUGAAUCCCUAAUGUCAUUCU